AGUAUUCAAGUCACCAGCAUGGCGCCCUGACAGCAAAACAACACAAACAUACAGGAAUAAAGAGAAGAACAACUUGCGUUUUGUUCCCAACAUCCUCUAGUUGGUCAACAUUUCCCAGUAAUACACAUUUUUACGUACCUUCGAUGAUGCCGUCUGCUUGUGAUUCUCUUGUUGAUGAUAUUGAGGAUAUGGUGACUUCUCAUGAGCCCACUCCUCAUGAGCGGCAGUUUGCCCGGAUGAGCAUUGUGCCCCGUGCACGGAAGCACAAGCAACAAUCUGCAGGUGAAGAACUUCAGGCAGACAGUGUAAUUCCAGGCACACAGAAGGUCUGGGUGAGGACGUGGGGUUGCUCUCACAACAACUCUGAUGGAGAAUACAUGGCUGGACAGUUGGCUGCCAGUGGCUAUAAAAUAACAGAGGAUUCAUCUGAUGCUGAUCUGUGGUUGCUGAACAGCUGCACAGUGAAAAACCCUGCAGAAGAUCACUUUAGGAACUCCAUCAAGAAAGCACAGGAGCAGGAUAAGAAGGUGGUUUUAGCAGGAUGUGUGCCACAGGCUCAGCCCAGGAUGGACUACCUCAAAGGCCUGAGUAUCAUCGGGGUCCAACAGAUUGAUAGAGUCGUGGAGGUGGUGGAUGAGACUGUCAAAGGUCACUCCGUGCGUCUGCUGGGUCAGAAGAAGGAGAAGGGGAAGCGUUUGGGAGGAGCGCGCCUGGAUUUGCCAAAGAUUAGGAAGAACCCGCUGAUUGAAAUCAUUUCCAUCAAUACUGGCUGUUUAAAUGCUUGCACAUACUGCAAAACCAAGCACGCCAGAGGCGAAUUGGCUAGUUACCCAAUAGAAGAGCUUGUUGAGAGAGCCAGGCAGUCCUUCCAGGAGGGUGUUUGUGAGAUCUGGUUGACCAGUGAAGACACCGGAGCAUACGGCAGAGAUAUUGGCACCGACCUGCCGUCGCUGCUCUGGGAACUGGUGAAGGAAAUUCCAGAGGGCGCAAUGCUCCGCCUGGGCAUGACCAACCCACCAUAUAUCCUGGAACAUCUAGAGGAAAUGGCAAAAAUCCUGAACCACCCACGGGUCUACGCCUUCCUCCAUGUGCCCGUCCAAUCAGCAUCUGACAGCAUUCUGAUGGACAUGAGGAGAGAGUACUGCUGUGCUGACUUCAAGCGUGUCGUAGACUUCUUAAAGGAGAAGGUUCCAGGUAUCACCAUUGCCACUGACAUCAUCUGCGGGUUUCCAGGAGAAACGGAUGAGGACUUUGAACGGACGAUGGAACUGGUGAGGGAUUACAGGUUCCCCAGCCUCUUCAUAAACCAGUUUUACCCAAGACCUGGAACUCCGGCUGCCAGGAUUCAGCAGGUUCCAGCACAAGUGAAAAAGCAAAGAACCAAAGAGCUGUCCGCGCUUUUCCAGUCAUACAACCCAUACGACCACAAGGUCGGAGAAAGGCAGCAUGUGCUGGUCACUGAAGAGUCUUUUGAUACCCUGUAUUAUGUUGCCCACAACAAGUUCUAUGAGCAGGUGCUGGUGCCCAAGAAGUCUGAGUUCAAAGGGAAGAUGAUCGAGGUGGACAUAUAUGAGGCUGGGAAGCACUACAUGAAGGGCCAUCCUGUGGAGGACGCCCAGGUCUUCACUCCUUCUAUUGCUAAGCCUCUUCAGAAGGGUCAGGUGUCUGGACUCCCGCAGGAGCUGAAGGUGUCCCAUCAGAAUGGUGUUCACGUCUCAAAGGAUUCCUCUAUGCUUACUGGAUUGUUGUGGAGAUUGGAGGGUCAUGGACUCAAACUGCUUUCAUUUGGAAUGGCUAUGGCUGCCAUAAUAUUUUUUUUUUGUGAAUGAGAAGUUCCACUGACACCAAAAUUUCACGCGAUGCGUCGGACGAGGCCUUAAAGAGUGUGCAGUGACCCAAGGACUCCGCAAAGCAUGAAUGUUAUCGUUAGUGUUUCAAGCUCAGAUAAAGAUAAAUGAAGCAGAUAAGUUAGGACAAUUUUCUUUUGUAAACUACUGAUUAAAGACGUCAUGUUUUAAUGUUUAAUUUAAUAAGAUUGAACAUUUUUCGCCUCAGAGCAAUGUUUUAGACAUGCUUUUUAUUCCAGUGGUUUUUGCAAAUAAAAGCUUAUGUAAAAGGACAGCUUGUAAUCAUUUGGGAUUUCUGUUCAUUUUCAAUCCCAGCAGUUAUUCAUUUUCAAACACAGGUGUCUCGCUGUCUAGUUUGCGCUCGGAGCAACAGACUCUUCCCGUCUUUGUUCACAGCAUAAAGGAGCUCUAAUAAAUGAGUCUGCACACACUCA